GUUCUGGCUUCAUUUGUUCGUUAAACUUUAUGUCUGAGUUUAUUUUUUCCAUUUAUUUUCUGACUAACAAAUAUAAAGUUGGUCUUAGCAUAUAUAGUGUGUUUUAGGAGAGCGCUGACUGACUCGCCGUUCACAAAAGAGAUGAAGAUUGUCCUGUUUGCUCUUUUCCUGUCAGCUCAUUGUGAAUUGACAACAGCUCUAAGAAGACAAUACGUUAAUAUCAGUAAUGCCAUGACGUGGAGAGAAGCUCAAAGCUAUUGCAGAGUCUAUUAUGUAGACAUGUUCAGUGUUGACAGACAGGAGGAAAUCACAGCAUUGGCGGUUAGUGGUUCAUACUCAGACAGCUGGGUUGGUCUGCAACUGAUCUCUCCAAAGAUCUGGCAGUGGAGUGAUGGAGGCGAUAAAAGUUUUCUCAAAUGGGCAGGCGGAGAACCAAAUGAAAGAGUCACUGAUGUCUGCGCUGUAGUUAAAAAUGGGGAAUUGUUUGACAGGAAAUGUACAGAUUCAAACCCUUUCCUCUGCUACAAGUGGGACACUGAACUGAUUGUGGUUAAAGAGAAUAAGAGCUGGGAGGAUGCGUUACAAUACUGCAGGACUCAUCACACUGAUCUGGCCAGUAUGCCAACAGAUUUAAAUCUCAUGCAAGCCAAACAAACCACUGCUGAUACAUCAAGUGUGUGGACAGGGCUACGUUUCCUGGCUGGUUCAUGGUUCUGGUUAAGUGGUGAGAGUCUGGGAUACCUUAGUGGAAAAUUACCAGCCUGUCCUGCCAAAAACAUCUAUUGUGGAUCUCUAAACCUAAAAAAUCAGAGCUGGGAGAGCAGAGACUGUAUGGAGGAACUUAACUUUGUGUGCUAUUAGAAAGAAGGGCUUUAAAAAAGUUCUAGGUAGCUAUUUAUGAUCUUCAAAAUAAAAAUAGGCUAAAUUUCAAAAAUUUGUGUCAACUCAGAAGUAGUGUAUAUGUGCAUAUUUGAUCUGACUUUGUAUUUUCUGUAUUUUGUUAAGGAAUAUGAAAACAUAUGCAAAUAUUCUGUUUAAUUUAGUUUAUUGUGCUUUUAUUUAACCAAAGUUUAGUUUGAUUACAUGUAUGCCUGUGUAUGUGAUGAUACAUAUAUCUAUAAACUAGGGCUGGCCAUAGAUUAAAGGGGCCAUGGCAUGAAAAUCCAACUAUUUCCAUGUUUAAGUGCUAUGAUUGGGUCUCCAGUGCUUCUAUCAACCUAGAAAAUGUGAAAAAGAUCAAUCCAGUAACUUAGUUUUGGUAAACCAUUCUCUACAAGCACAUGAGAAAAUAGGACGUUGAAAUAUGCCUCUCCUUAUGAUGUCAUAAGGAGCUCUUAUUAUAAUAAUACCACCCCUUAAUCUCCCCUAUCCAAUCACAGCACUGCCAUUUAGUGCAGAGAAAAGGAGAGAGAGAAAAUAAUUCACAGCACAAUUGAGUUUCAAUUGCAACAAACCGCUCAUUUGCAUUUAAAAGGACACACCCAAAACGGCACAAUUUUGCGCACACCUGCAAAGUGUCAAUUUUAACGUUAUAAUAAAUUAUCUGUGAGCUAUUUUUUAACAAAAUCUUCACAAAUGUUUUCUGGGGACACUAAAGAUUUUUUUGACAUCUUAAAAAAGUCUUGUGCCAUG